CAUGAAAUCCUGGAACCGGAAAUAAACAGCUGGCUGUAGGCUACACUAAGUUAACAUAAAAAUAUGAAAUAUCGUGCGACUUUUUAUUACCUUUAGAUCAAAAUACCAGUAUAUCUCUGCCCGAGACUAGCAAAUUAAAUUAUUGACUGACUAUAGCUAAGUUAUUAGAAGUUUGUGGACACAACCCCCAGCCUGAAGUUUUGAUGUUUAAGAAAGUUGAUGAUUCGAUCAGGAUGCAUCAGGAGGAUGAAGAUUACACCAAUCCACCAGAGGAGUGUAUAGGACUGUCUGAUUUCACGAGCUGCGGCAGCGACCAGCUGAGUUUCAGAGCUGGAGACAGGUUACUGGUCCACACCAAGACGUCAGCUGACUGGUGGUGGGCGGAGUUAGGAGGCCUCUGUGGCUACGUUCCAUCUAGUUACCUAAAACAAGGUGUGGAGGAGGACACCUCAGAGGAAACCUCAGAGGACCCCUGGCAGGAUGAAGAGUACUUUGGCAGCUAUGGAACACUGAGGCUUCAACUGGAGAUGUUGAGUGACCGAGCGAGGACGGAGACGUACCGCCAGGUGAUUCUGACCAACAGCGCCUCCCUUAGGGGCAAGGUGGUUAUGGACCUGGGCUGUGGCACCGGAGUCAUCAGCCUCUUCUGUGCCCGCCUGGCCCAGCCCAAAGCUGUGUAUGCAGUGGAGGCCAGCUCCAUAGCAGAACACACUGAGACCCUGGUGAGGCAGAACGGCUGUGAGGAGGUUGUGACAGUCUUCCAGGGUCGGGCUGAGGAGCUGGAGCUACCAGGCACAGUAGACAUCCUGAUCUCAGAGUGGAUGGGCAACUGUCUGCUGUUUGAGUUCAUGGUAGAGUCAGUGUUGCAGGCGCGGGACCGCUGGCUGAGAGAGGGGGGGAUGAUGUGGCCCUCUGGGGCCUCUCUCUGCCUGGUCCCCUGUCAGGCCCUAGACUACUACACAGAGAGGAUGGGCUUCUGGGAGCAGCCCUACGGACUGGACUUCACUGCCCUCCAAUCCCUGGCCCAGUCAGAGUUCUUCUCCAGGCCCAGGUUCAGCCACCUCCUCCAGCCUGAAGACUGCCUGGCCACCCCCUGUGAUGUCAUCACUCUGGACAUGCUAACGCUGCAUGUUACAGAUCUAGAGAAGCUGAGGGGCCAGUUUACCUUCAUCGUGGAAAAGGCCGGGACGUUCCACGGUUUCACUUCCUGGUUCAGAGUUCAGUUCCAGAGCCUGGAGAGAGACAAAACCACAUUGGAGUUAGACACUGGGCCCUACUCUGAGCCAACCCACUGGAAGCAGACUCUGUUCAUGCUAGACGGGCCGAUCUCGCUGCUCGGUGGAGAGACGGUGUCUGGAAUCAUCCUUCUACACCGGAACCCCGUCUGGAGACGUCACAUGACUGUUACCAUCCAAUGGAGAAUCAGCAGCACAGAGGAAACAGGAAACUGCAUGGCAAGUAUCCUCUAUCUUUUAGGGGUGAAUCGUAAUUCCUACUUACCUCAAAUGUUCACUUAUACCCAUUUCAGACAGAAGAUGUGGUAUGUUACCUGUAAAGAAUGACCCCAUUUCAAACAGCCCCUUAUUUACCACUUAUUUGCAGGUUUACCCCUUUUAUACAUAUUAGUGAGUAACUGGAAAAUUGGGUGGAGUGGGGGGUGUUGUUAAACCAUGGGGCCUGUUUGUUUACCUCAACUUUUCACUUAGUUUCCCAUUGACAGUAAUGCAUGACUAAGUGAAAAUUCAACUUACAGUACCAGUCAAAAGUUUGGACACAUCUACUCAUUCAAGGGUUUUUUUUCUUUAUUUUUUACUAUUUUCAAAAUUUUAUAAUAAUAGUG